AUGGCUGCCAAUGAAAAUGAAGGGUUGUCAUCUAAGCCUAAGAGAGGCAUUCUUCACCUAGACAACAAUGAUGCAGCAUUGCCUGAAAAUAAAUUGUUAUCACAACAAAUGGCGAAUUUGACAUCAAGGCUUGAUAAAAUGCAGCUCUCUAGCGUCCAAGCUAAAGUUGCUUCAGUUAUUUGUGAAUAUUGCAAGGAAGGUCAUGAAUCUAAUGAAUGUCCUACCUUGCUAUCUGACAAUCCUCCUCAACAGGUGCAUGUAAAUGGUGUGUGGUAUGAUCAGAGGCCCCCACCACAAAAUGUUCCAAGAAAUCAGAAUUUUCCUUCUGGAAACAAUAACUUCCAGAGGAGGGUGCAGGGUACUGGUCUUGACUUCAAGUCCAAUAAUUAUCUGCAACCACCACCAGUUCAACCGAAGGAACCUUCUGAUUUAGAGAAGCUAGUGGGACAAAUGGCCCAACAUUCUAAUGCUUUCAUGGAAGAGACUCAGGAAAAUACCAGAAAUACACAGGCUUCUAUCAGAAAUUUGGAGAAUCAAAUUGGCCAGCUGGCUAAACAAAUGGCUGACAGAACUCAGGGUACCUUCCCUAGCAAUACAGUUACUAAUCCCAAGGAGGAUUGUAUGGCUAUCACAACUAGAAAUGGUAAAGUGGUAGCAGCUCCAGAAAAGCCAAACACAAAUGUGGAAGCUGAUGAGAAGCUUAAGGCGGUUAAGGAGCCAGAAAAAGAGGUUCUGAUUCCUUCUGAUGUUGAGAAACCUGUUCAGAAAGAACGAUUCAAGAAGGAUGCUCAGAAGCAACACUAUGCUAGGUUCCUAGAUAUUUUCAAAAAGCUUCACAUUAAUAUUCCAUUUGCUGAAGCCUUAGCUAGCAUGCUAAAUUAUGCCAAGUUCAUAAAGGAUCUGUUGUCUAGGAAACAUAAGCUGCAAGAAUGCCAAACUGUUGCACUUACUGAAAAGUGCAGUGCUAUUAUACAGAAAAAGUUUCCUCGUAAGCGUCGUGAUCCAGGGAGUUUUUACAUUCCUAUUGUCAUUGGUAACAAAAAUGUUGGCAAAACUUUGUGUGAUCUUAGGGCAAGUAUAAAUUUGAUGCCCUUGUCUGUGUAUAAAUCUUUGGGAACCUCUGAGCUCAAGCCUACUAAGAUUUUCUUGCAACUUGCUGAUAGAUCUUUGAGGAAACCGAGUGAUUUUGUAGUGUUGGAUAUGGAAGAGGGUACUGAAAUGCCUCUGUUGUUGGUGUUGCGGAUCUAG